CGUUCUAGAAUGUGGUUUAUGUAGCAGCAGAUCAUUCAUCAACGAAAUGUUGGAGUACAGUAUGUAGUCAAGGGUGGAAACACGUCAUUCAUUGGCUUCGCCACAUCAGAGAGGAAUUGGGAUUUGGCCGCGAAGACUUUUGAGGCUUAGCAGUCUUGGACAGGUGAUGAUCUCGGUCCAGAGCUGCCGGUGAAGUACAGGCCUUUCUGAUACUGUCUGCUAACCAAGGGGACCGGUCAUGGAUUGAUACGCGAAAUACGCUGCGUGUUGAUGACGGCCUUGACUCACUCCUCAAACCUGUAUUGAAUAUCACCCAUGAACGUAGCAUGGAUGGAUGGUAUGAUUGUAUAGCGGGAAUCACGGCAGAUACAUACUUGUAUGAAGGUUACCAUGAUGUAAGCGCCAAGAUCCUAACUGCUACUGUAUCUUUACGCACAGCCACUGUUGACCACACAGCGCAAUAGUAGCAUUAAACCUCGUUUGACAGCCAAGAGCACACCAUGUUGGCCAAGACGAGACAAAAGUGGAAACACUCGACCGCGUUUUGUUAGAGUUUCGCAGGCAACUUUAGGCUCUAGGCCAAGCUUGGGUGGAUAUCAUGAUUCUUCUUUCUCUUGGCUUCGUCGUUUGAGUUGGACUAUGCAUAAAGGGCCCUCCUCCCACUCUUUUGUCUCCCCUUCUCUCAUUUGCCUGGAGCUUGUAAUAGCAAAUAAACCUAUUGUUAACCUGCUUUUCCUUACACCCUUUGACAGCCCGGUCUAAGCGUCAAUCACAUACUGUAACAGUUCUUUUUUACACAACCUAUCAGAUAAAGACGUCACCUCCCUGAGAACACAAUCACACACAUUCUACGUCAUAGCCGAGCGACUCAGCGCCGCAAACAACACGUCAAAAACAGAGUUUGCCAAUUGAACGUUCUUCAACUCUACUCCAUCAUCGUCGCGUAUCGUAUAAAGAUUGCGCAUCUCCAUAAUCACAAUGGUACCCACUGAAGAUAUUUUUGCGCGCGACUACUACAGAUGCCGUUAUGGCCAGACUUGGAAUGGACGAGCAUGUGUUCGUAACAACUGGUCCUACUGGGGGCGCUGGGUGUUAGCGGGCAUCAUCAUCUUUUUCUUCGUCCUCCUCCUCUCCUGCUGCUUAUUCUCUCGCCGUCGCAAACGCCGUGGCGUUAAGCCCGUGUACGGCACUGGGUGGAUGGCGGCCAAGCCUUGGGGAAACAACAACAACAACCACCAGAUGUACAACUACGGCAAUCAAGGCGGUUAUAACCAGGGCUACCAGCAGAACAACGGCGGUUACGGAGCUCCACCUCCACCUCCAGCCUACGGCCAGCAACAGCAGCCUCAGUACACUGGUACGACAUUCAACACCAACGACGGGUACUACGGUCAGGGCCAGUAUUCCGGCGUUCAGCAACCCCAGGGUACAUACCAGCGUGAAGGUGCUUACUCCCCACCUGCGGGUCCUCCUCCUGGAAAGUAAGGCACGGCGAUGAGUGCGUUCGGAAUGGGAGCGGGUUUCGCUAUGGAAAGGAUACCACCGAUUAAGGCGUUUGGGUGCUCGCUUUAUAUUGAAUGGACUUACGUCAAGACGUGCUGGGCGAUGAGAGGCAUUGCCCUCGCGAGCAUGGCCUGGGUGGAAUCACGAGAAUUAUUUUUUUCCCCUAAUUGAUUCUAGUGUUCUCUUUAGCACUUAUUAUCAAAACAGUUAGAUAUUUGUAUUUGGGACGCGCUGCUGACAACAUUUCAACGGAUCUGUCGUGACUUUAAAGGCUUGAUAUUAAUGAACAAACUAAACUGAAGAGCAACAGCCGCAUCCUGUUAGGUGACUUUGACGUAUGCAUACAUAGACCCAGUAACUCGA